AUGUCUUCAACACCGGAGAAAUCCUCUCAUGCGGUAGAAGUUGGCUCUAACGGGCGCGACUUGUCUACCAGCAAUAGCAGCACCAAGGAGACCUCCGCGGCGCAGUUCCCGGCCUCCACCGAGGACGCUGAGAAGGCAGACAGCAGCGCUAAGGGAGCUGGCGAUGGGACCAACUACAUCAGCGGGGUCAAACUGGGUGUAGUUGUGGUCUCCGUCUCGCUUGCUUGCUUCCUGACCGUGCUGGACAUCUCCGUCAUUAGCACCCCUCUCACCGGAAAGAUAUACAACCAUUUCAAAUUGAAGUGGUCUUUCAUGGUCUUCUUCCUCGUCUUCGAGAUCGGUUCCGUACUGUGCGGCGCGGCACAGUCCUCGGCCAUGCUGAUCGUCGGCCGCGUCGUCGCCGGGCUGGGCGCCUCGGGCAUUAUCGGCGGGUCCUUCACAAUCAUCUCGGCUUCGGUGCCCCUGGAGAAGCGCCCGCCACUGAUCGGGGCGUGCAUGGGAAUCGCCCAGCUCGGCCAGGUGAUCGGCCCGCUCAUCGGUGGUGCCUUCACGACCGGCUACACCUGGAGAUGGAGCUUCUACAUUAACCUGCCCCUCGGUGCCAUCGUCGUGGUUCCAUUAAUCAUCAUCCGCAUCUCCGAGCAGAUGCCCAAGCAGCCUGCUCUCAAGGUCGUCGGCCGGCUGCCACAUUUCCUCGACCUGGUGGGCUUCGCCCUCUUCGCCCCGGCCGUCGUCAUGUUCCUGCUCGCUCUCCAGUACGGCGGCAACCAGUACCCUUGGAACUCAUCCGUAGUGAUCGGGUUGUUCGUCGGUGCAUUUGCCAACGUGGUCGUCUGGCUUAUCUGGAACUGGUACAAGGGCGAUGAUGCACUCAUCCCCGUCUCCAUGGCCAAGCGGCGCAUCGUAUGGGUCAGCUCUCUUAACUAUGGGCUCUUCAUGGCUCUGGUGUUUGGCGGGGUUUUCUAUCUUCCCAUCUACUUCCAGGCUAUCAAGGGUAAGAGCGCCAUUCUCAGUGGUGUGAUGCUCUUGCCAAACAUAAUUCCUCAAUUGAUCUCAACAAUCGGCGGAGGAGUACUACUUGGCAAAGUUGGUCGCAUUCCUCACUUUGCUUUGUUCGCCGCCGCUGUCACCGCCAUCGGCAGUGGUUUGUACGGAACCUUCCAACCCGGCACCUCGACCGGGAAGUGGGUUGGUUACCAGAUUCUCGCCGGUUUUGGUCAAGGAAUCGGCUUCCAGAUGCCCAUGGCUGCCGUCCAGAAUGACAUCGAGCCAAAGCACCUGGCAGAGGCCACUUCGCUGCUCGUCUGGGCCCAAUACGUCGGCCCCACCAUCUUCAUCGUGCUGUACAACACCGUCUUCACCACAAGCUUGCGGAAAGAGAUCCCCAGGCUCGCGCCCAACUCCGACGCCAACGCCAUCAUAUCAGCAGGCGCCACGAGGUUCCGCAACUUCGUGUCGAAAGAAGACCUCGACGCCGUCCUGGUGGGCUACUCCAAUGCCAUCGACAACACCUUCUACCUGGUCGCCGGCGUGGGCGCCCUUGCCUUUCUUGCGGCCUUUGGUAUGGGCUGGAGAGACAUCCGCAAGCCAAAGCCUGGCGCUGACGCGCCUGAUGCGACCAACGGCGGCACUUCCGGUUCCGCCAAGUAG